UAUGGAAUGAAUUAAAGUAUAAUUUCUGUUUUUGUUUAUUAUAGAUGAGCAUAUCCUACAGAGAAUGGCAACAGUUAUUGUGGUGAAAAUAAAAUUUAUUAGGAAAUAAACGAAAAUAUUGUUUUAAUUGAAUAUAUGCAAUGCAUUGUGUGAAUCGUUUUUUAUUUUGAAAUGAUAUUUACUGUAGAGUAGUGCGAUUGUUAUAAUGGUAAGAAUAAAAAUUAGAAUAUAGUUUUAGGUGGGUUUGUUAAAUAUAUUUAAUGGAUAUUUAAUCGCUCAAGGUCGCCAGUAUAUACUAAAGAGUACAGCAACGAGUAUGGUGAUGAAAAAAUUUAAUGUUAUCAAAUGAAUAUGAUUAUUUUUUAAUUUUUUUUUCUCCAUUAUGAUUACUAAAUGUAUCAUUGUUCAUUUAAUAUCAUUUUUCUCUGAAGAAACCAACGAUAACCAUUAUGAGAAUAAAUAAUGUUUUGAAAUCAAUGAAAAUAUUGUGUUAUUUGUUUUAAAUUUAUUUGAUUUAUUUAGUACACUUUUCUUUGUUUCAGAUCAUCACAUGCUAAAAGGCACAGAAAUGAUUAUUAUCAUAUAAAUACUCAACGGUAUUAAGUCAAUCAGAUAUUUCAAAGAAUCAAGCAAUUAUUAUUAUGGUAAGAACAGUUUCUUGUGAAAAAAAGCAGGAUAUUAUUUUAAUUCUUUUCUGAUCCCUUAUGCCUCAUAUUGUUUAUUUGAGACGAUUUUAGAUAAUAUACAAUAGCGUAUUGAGAACGGUAUAUUUUCAAGUGAUCAACUAAUUUUGAAUUGAAACUCUUUGUUUAAGAUAGUUCUUAGUUAAGCUUUAUCUAAUUUUUCAUUAUAACGAUUAUAAAAUGUAUUCUACUACAGAGAUAGUAGAAUUUAAAAGACUUCAUAAUCAUAGUCCCAUUAUUUCCUCUUGAAUAAGUUCAAAAAAAUUUUAGACAUACUUUUUAUACUAACUCAAAAAAACAUAUAGACACAUUAACCGUUUAACGAACGAUUUUUUAAUGAAUCAGCAUGGGAGGUAGUAAGGAGAACAGAAAGAGAAAAGGUGAGACGUAUAUAUAUACCACUUCCGCGAAAGGAUUAAUAUGAAUUAAAAAUUAAAUAUGAACUGAAUAUUAGAUUUAUUUGUUACUUUGUUGAGUAAAAUUUAAUUAAAGAAAAAAUAAAGCUUUUUUCUUAUAAACAUUCAGAAGAAUUUUUCUCUAUUUAUUUUAUUUUUCUAAAUUGCUCUUAUUUUCAAAUAUUACUUUUCUAUUUAUCUGGUGUAUUUAUUAUAUGCCAUGCUGAUUAUUACCAAUCAGCUACUGUUUUUUUUCUAAUUACAAUUUAUUAUUGUGAUUCGAAAAUAUUUUAUUUUUUUGUCAGGUUUAAUCAAUUCAUUCCUAUUUUCAUGUAUUAAAUUUUGAAUUCUUAUCUUAUAUAAAUUUUUUAGAUUUUAAUUAGUUAAUUUCUUUACAUUAUUAAUCUAUUAAUAUUUAUCUGUCGUUUAACAUAAGAGAUGUAUUCACGCAAACGACUAGCAGCAGUGCAGCAACAAAAGGUUCGAUUUUAAUAACAAAGUAUUAGUUCAACUUCCACAUGAAUCUGAUAAAAGUUAUAGAACAAGUGAUUUAGUUCGAUUAGUACCUUCAACUGAUAAAAUUUAAUUAUUAGGUCAGAAUGAUUUUCAAGUUAAAGUAAAUGGACAACAAGUAGAAUUAGAAGAAAUUCAAGCAGUUAUUUAUCAAUCUAAUUCAUCUAUUUCUAAUUGUGAUGAUAUUAAAGUAGUUGAACGUGGACGAGACCAUCUGAUUGCAUAUAUACAAUUAAAUAAAACAUCUACAUCAGUUCCAUUUGAUGAAAAAUUAAUUCACACUAAUUUUGAUCAAUUACCAUUUAAUUCUAAUGGAAAAUUGGAUAAAGCAGCACUUCCUAAACCUAAUCUAUCAUAA